GUAAGCUUUCAGCCAAACUGGGUGCAGGAUGAAGAACUCCUGUACACUUCAGCGAACGCCAGAGGCGCCCAGUCCACAGUUUGACUCCAAAGCAUGAUCAUGGUCAAAGCAAGCCGCUAGAAGCGGCACCGUCAUCAAUAUUAGUCACCACACCCUCUUUUCUCAACGUCCAAGCCAUAAUGUCGGGAGCAGCAUCGUCCGGCUUUGCAUCGAAAUUCGCCAGCUUUAUGAAUCACCCUGCGGGGCCGAAGACCGUUUUCUUCUGGGCUCCCAUGAUGAAAUGGUGUCUGGUUGGCGCAGGACUGAAGGAUAUGGGCCGACCCGCCGAGAAACUCAGUCUUUCUCAGAAUCUCGCGUUGACGGCCACGGGCGUUAUCUGGGUCCGGUAUUCUUUUGUUAUCACCCCAGUCAACUACAGCCUGGCAGCGCUGUUCAAGGUCAAUUUCUUUGUGGGCCUCUCUGGACUAACUCAGGUUGCACGGAUAGCCAACUACCGGUAUGGAUCGAAGCCAGCCGCGAUCCAGUAAGAAUGACCAGCUUGCAUAAUAUCUUACAUUUACUCGAUACAAAUACAUGUGCCCACAUUCCACACCUAGGCUGAGCGUGUCUUGGUCUUACCAGACCUUCCUUUAGACUGCUUGAUGCUCUCCUCAUUGGAGUCAUCAGCCUUGAGAAAGCCCUUCGCUAAUUCCCACCACUUUCCUUUCACGGCGGAUCCAGCAGCAUCUAGCACACUUGCAAGGACAUCGCCUGCGUCGUCAUUGUCCGCGUUUUGUUCCCGCCAGUCCCGAUGGGUAUCCCAUGAUUCCCACGGCUGCGGGCGUUGAGCUUUCGGCCUUGCCUUCCUUGUUUGCGAUCUGGAGCGUUUCCGCUUCGUGGUUGUGUCGCCGGAGAAGGAGUCAAGUAGAAGCCCACUAAGCGUCGCUGCCAACCCGUUUCCGCCGACGGCAUUCCCACCACCUUGCAUCAACAUCCAACUCGUCCCUGCAAUCAAAGCCCCGAAGAUCGUCCCCCACUUGACAAAGAAGAUACUAGUGCGGAGCAUCCAUGUUGUGGUGCGGUAGAGGCUGAGGAUGGCCAAAUAAGAUGUGAAUAAGGCGAUAAGUGGUGGCAGCACAGUCUGUGCAUCCCAUUGGACGGGGUGUGUCGACAGUAAUGAGUACGACAGAGUAAAGGGCCGUGCACACCGCAAGGAGAUGCGACAGUGAUGAGAGGAGGAACGAAUAUAUUGGCCCCGGUAAAUGGUCCGAGAGAUAGUCGAGGAUUGGAUCCAGUGCUGCGGGCAACGGCAAAUCUGCGGGAGAAACCUGCAUGAUGCAGUCUGGACACAGUCUAGACUCAAGACGUCACGGUAGAAGGCGCGUUGCGAUGAAUGACACGUGCUUGAUUCUGGUGUGCCGCUGGCAGCUAUUGCGUCUGCCCUCACGUGACUUCGAUGCCAUACCUGUAUU